AUGAGGGACUUCGCUUCCUGUUACAACGAACAUGCCGUCAGUAUUUCGGAUUCAUCUUGCUCUGGAAGUGGCAGCGUCGUCUCCGCCAAAGACCCAUCGGUGCAGAGGUCCGUCGCCUGCUUCUACAGGGUCAAGCUGUCCACUCAGAAGGAGCUCCUGGUAAAGGUGGCGUGGUCCAAGAGCCUAAUUGGGCAAGGCUUCUCCGUUGGCGUGGAGGACUACCCAUCUCAUCACCACCCCACACCAACGGCGAGCGCUGGCAAUUCUCUUCUUGUGAGGAAGAAGAAGGGGAGCCGAUCGCACUUGUACGGUGACACCCUUGUGGAGCUCCACUGGGACAUAUCCUCAGCUAAGUAUGUCUCCGGAUCCGAGCCUGUCGAGGGCUUCUACGUUGUGAUGAUAGUGAAUUCCGAAUUGGGGCUCUUAUUGGGGGACACGAGGGCACCCCACAUCAAGAAGCUGGAGGAAACCAGACCAGCGGCCGAAUUCCGUCUGAUAAGCCGAAGGGAGCAAGUCGUCGGCGGCACCCUCUACCUUACCAAAGCCCGCUUCGGCGAUGAAGGCCGGGACCAUGAGAUCCUAAUCAAGUGUAUGGGAGACGGCCGCGACACCAAGGAUUCGGAACUGUUCGUCUGCAUCGACAAGAAGAAGGUGGUUCAUGUGAGGAGGCUUAGGUGGAACUUCAGAGGGAACCACACCAUCUUCGUCGACGGGUCGCCGGUAGACAUGAUGUGGGACGUUCAUGACUGGUGGUUCAGCGAGACGUCGAGCCGGGCUGCCUUCAUGUUCCGCGCCAGGAGCGCGUUGGAGAGCCGGCCGUGGCUGCUGGAGGAGGAGACGGUGGACAAGGAGCAGGGAGGAGGUAAGUCUGGAUUCUCCCUCUUGAUCUACGCCUUCAGAAAUCCCUGA